UCAGUUUGUAUGGAAAUCAGGAAGGGCAAAAACACAACAGCCUACUGCCGGGCCCACUAGUGUCUCAUAAAAUCCCGACAGCGUCGACUGGAAAAUUACAAUCAAAUCAUUGUACUAUUCCAAUUCAGUUUACUUUCCAUGAUGUUCAGGCGGCAUGCUAGAAGUCAUCAACGUUUCAUAAAUAUGUUUUCUUCCUCAAAGGUCGAACUUUCAUACGGAAGCAAAGAAAUGACAUACAGGUGGCCAUGUGUCUACUAUCAGUCUCAAUGCGUCACCGUUGUAAUUAAACUUCUAUCCCUUCCAAAGUAAACCUUUUGGGUUCAGAACUGACUAGUGAACGAUCGAACGUUGUAGAGUGCACAGGGUAGAAUACCAGCUAACAUAAAAUACAAAAAUUCAAAAUGAAACAAUCAACGUGUCUGUUAUGCAUCGUCUUGCUGGUUUCCCUACAUAAGACUGGAGCUCUUCCGCUCAUGCAAUACUUUAAUCUAGAAAAUCCAUCCAGUGAUUCCGAACAAACGACAGCUAUUACAGAGUAUCGACAAGACGAGGUCGAUAAUCAGCCUAUGAUCCAGUAUGAAACGGUUAUGCCAGUGCUGAAAAUUGUACUUACUCCAAUAGGUCGGCUGAUGCAACCGUUGAUAGAACAGUGGCUGGAGUAUCAAUUUGGACCGUACAUCAACACGAUCGGUAGAGCGAUGGAAGGUGUUUCCCGAUAUGCAACGGAUAAUCUUUCCUUCCAACCGGGGGACGUUUACUACACCAAAAGCGAUCUCGUGGAGGGCUACGGCUACAACUCGCUGCUCAUCAAUCUGCCCGCCGGAAAAACGUUAACGGUGCUGACUCAUAAAUCGAAACAGAAGCUGGACAUCAUCGAAGAGCUGCCACAAGUAUCGGAUUCACUCAACGAAGUGCGGAAGCUCAACUGAUCGCAAGGGAGUAAACGUGGCGGCGGAGUCGUUUAGGAACAAAAGGUUAACAGACAAAACGUCGAAAGGACAAAAUGUCGAGAGACCUUUGGCCUGUUCGACCUUCUGUCCUUUCGACGUUUUGUCUUCCGUCUUUUGCCAUAGAUUCCGGCGGAGUGAUGCCAGUGGUGUGUAGAUAUCGAGGGAGAUGACCGAAUAUGAGCGUCAGAUGCUAUUUCGCGAUAAGCAUAAUUUAAGUCUCGUAAUUGGAAAAUUAUUUAUUUAUUUAUUGCACGAGAUGUAUAAGCUGAUUGAAUGAUGCGAUGAGAGUGGCAUACCGAGAGAUGGUAUGUAAAUAAAUGCGUAACACUGUUACGGUACAAUAUA